AUGCGCGCGGUCGAAUCCGCCGUCGCGGGGGGAGAUCUCGCGGCCGUCGACGCCCCCGUCGACGAUUCGGUGCGCAUAUCCACGUCGCUAAGCGCGCGCGACACGCCCUCGAUGCGCGCGCGCACGCCGCCGCAGAAAAUCGAACACGAUUCAUCCCAACCCCGCCCCUCCUCCACGCGCGAAUCUUCGCUCGAAGGCGAAACCGAGGAAGACGAGAAGACGAGAAGAGCAUCCGAGGAAGACGACGAUCACGACGAUCGCGAUCGCGACGCGCGCGGACGGACGCGCGAUCGCGCUCGCGCUCGACGCCGCGGCGCCGACGACGUAGACGCGGACGCCUCCGACGCCUCGGACGCCUCCGAAGCUUCUUCGGAAGAGGAUGAGGACGACGACGAUCCGUUCGACCCCGCCGCGGAUCCCGCCCCGGGACCGCCGUGCACGCUCCGACUCGAAUACUGGAUGCGAUCGGAGGAGUGCACCGAACGCAAGCGCGCGCACAUCGCCGCGAUCGACGCGGAGGGGGGGUACUGGGGCAUGGAGGAUCACAUCGAGCGGACGGUGUUCGGCGUCGGCGGCGGCGGCGGCGACGACGGCGGGGGUCCGUCGACGGACGUCGCGCUCGAGAGAAAUAUGUUCCCGUACGAGUGCCCCCCCGGGAUAUCGCACUGGACGCUGUGGUCGAAGCGAGAGAUGCGCGCGAGGGAUAUCGUGGCGUGGUGCAAGCCGUGGCUGGCGGCGAACGUCCCCGGCUGCGUCGAGUGGAACUACGACAUGAACGAUAACAACUCCGUGGACGUGCCGCACUACCACGUGUUCGUGAAAGAGAAGGAGGAGGAGGAGGCGGCGGCAUCCGAAGGCCGGGACGAAGGCGAGGCCGCGGGCGGGGAGGAGAAUGCGAGCGCGGGCGACGACGCGCGAUUGGCGGCGGCGGAGGAGGAGGAGGAAGAGGGCGAGGUCGCGGCGGGCGCGACGACGACGACGACGACGACGACGACUCGAAAACGCCGAUUCGAGUUUGGGGACGCCGCGGGAUCCCCCGCGGCGGCCCCUCGCGACAAAUUCGCGAAGACGACGUAG